GUGGAGGAGGGGCGGAAAGGGAACUAGAACUGGCUGAGAGCAGAGAAAACCGGUUCCAGCCAGACACAGACACAGCAAAGAACUCAGAGCUUACAACAACAGCUAGCCACCAAUGCUACCACAAGAGCUGCGAUAUGGGCAGGGGUAAGCAGUACUGGUCAGUCGCCGAAACAAUAUGUCUGCUGGAAAUCUGGUCCUCUUCAGAGAAUAAGCAGCGGCACAAAGGAGCUACCAGAACUAAGGAGCAGUAUGAGCAGAUCCAAAGAGAGCUGGCUGCUCAGGGACAUGAGCGUGCGCUCCAGCAGAUUGUCAAUAAAAUCAAGAAGUUGAAGAUGGAGUUUAAGGAACAGACAUUUCACUCCAAGCAAGGCAGGGACUACUGGGUCCAGAAGAACCCAUACUAUGAGGUUCUGGAGUGUGCAUUUGGCAGCAGAGAAGAGCAGUCAAUGCAGCUGGAGGACUACUUUGUGCAUCAGUCUCCUACAGAUAAUGAUGUGGACACAUGGAGGGACUCAUGUUCUAUGCAGGAGACAGACUGUUUAUUGAAGAUCUGCACUGAUGCUGAGCUACACCAAAGACUGGGCUCACCCUGCACCCCUAAAGACAUCAUUGAAGACAUCCAGAAGGAGAUGAGAGUGCAAGGAUAUGACCUGACAUCUGAACAGAUUGUCGACAAAUUAAAAACUUUAAAGAGAGAGUACAGGGUUCAAAAAAACAACCUCGAUCAAGAAACAGAGAUCAGUCAGGGGACCAUAAUAGGCUUAGAUGUAGUGGACUUUAUCGUGGGAGACAAAGAAGACUGUAUACCGCAGAACACAGAGACAAUUAAGACAGAGCCCCCAGAUGAUGAUGAAUUGUUGAACACAUCCACAAAUACUGUACAAAAAAUUAACAAUGACAAGUGGAUUGAUGCAGAGGUCCAAGCUCUCCUCAGCGUGUAUGCUGCAACCAAGAUGCAGCAGGAUUUUGAGGGUCAAAAGAAGAACAGCAAAAUCUUUGAAAAGAUUUCAAAGGAACUGGAAAACUUUGGCAUUCACCACACACCAAAACAGUGCAGGGAGAAGGUCAAGAAACUGAAGCAGGACUACAAGAAGAUCAAAGAUUAUAACAACUUGAGUGGUGCGGAGAUCAAAACCGGCAAGUGGUACGACAUCCUGGACAGCAUCCUGGGUCACCAUCCUUUAUACUCAGCGACCCCUGUGCCCAUGUCUGAAAACUCUGUAGAGGAGCUGAUGGAGUCUACCUCCACUGAAAGAGAAGGCCUCAAGUCCUUCUGCUCAGACAACAAUGUAAUGACAAGAGGAAAUUCAGAGGCACCAUACAUUUUAGGGAGUGAGUCCUGUGAUCCUGACAGUAAAUCUGUUUUACAGCUGUCCAUUGAUGCUGCUCUAUGUAGCUCUGAUUUGAAAAUCGUCCAUGUACUGUCAGGCACAUCGGAGAGCAGCCCAUAUUCCUCUUUACCACUGCCCAGGCCACUGCUUAAAAACAACGACAAGUGGAUUGAUGCGGAGGUCCAAGCUCUCCUCAGCGUGUACGCCACAACCAAGAUGAACGGAGACUAUGAAGGUCAAAGGAAGAACAGCAAAAUCUUUGAAAAGAUUUCAAAGGAACUGGAAAACUUUGGCGUUCACCACACACCAAAACAGUGCAGGGAGAAGGUCAAGAAACUGAAACAGGACUACAAGAAGAUCAAAGAUUAUAACAACCUGAGUGGUGCUGAGAUCAAAACUGGCAAGUGGUAUGACAUCCUGGACAGCAUCCUGGGUCACCAUCCUUUAUACUCAGCGACCCCUAUGCCCAUGUCUGAGAACUCUGUAGAGGAGCUGAUGGAGUCUACCUCCACUGAAAACAACUUGCAGUCAAGAGAGGGCCCCAAGCCCAUCUGCUCAGACAACAAUGCAGAGUCUAUAGACAGCUCUGAGGAGAGUGCACCAGAGCCUGAGCAGAGUCUGGGCCAGUUUCCAUGCACAGAGCAGUAUCAAGCGGGCAAUAGUAACCCCUGUCAUCCCACUGUCAGAAGUAUGCCAUUCCGCUUCCGAUCAGGGAAGCGCAAAAGGAAGGAGAGCACAGAUCUGGUGGAGUGUUUGGAGAGGAUGCAAGAGAGGUACCUCCAGCACAGCAGAGAAAUGCACGAGGCUUUACUCAGCAAGAUGGACACCCACAUGACUGCUGUGAUCGGACUGUUGGGGCGGAUGGCAUCAGCGGUGGAAGCCCAGGUUGCAAAAUAAUCUCCACCACACUGAUUUAUAUUAGGAUCU